AUGUCAAAUCCUAGACCUUUCACCCAGUUUAGAAUCAUGGUGGGCUCAUACGAACAUAACUUGUUGUGUUUGUCGCUCACCAUCAAAGGCAAAAACGAGCCUGUGUUCACCCCGAUCUUCCAUUUCCAGGCGCAUGCAUUAUCGAUCAAGUCCAUCGACAUCGCCAAAAGAUACUUGGUCACAGGCUCUAACGACGAGCACAUCCGUAUCUACGAUUUGCAGAAGAGAAAGGAGCUUGGCACUUUGUUGAGUCACCAAGGUACCGUGACGACAUUACGUUUCUCUUCGGAAACUACUGAAGACAACCAUAGUGAAAAGUCAGGUAAAUGGCUCUUAUCGGGGUCUGAAGAUGGCAAAAUCAUCAUCUGGCGCACAAAAGACUGGGAGAUGUUCGGCACCUUGAAGGGUCACCAGGGUCGUAUCAACGACUUGGAUAUCCAUCCCUCCGGUAGAGUUGCAAUCUCUGUUUCCACAGACAAGACUGUGAGAUUGUGGAACUUGAUGACGGCAAAAAAGGCUGCAGUAUUGAAAAUCAAGGGGCGUGAUCAUUUGGGUCAAUCCGGUGAGUUCGUUCGGUGGUCUACCUCUGGAAAGCAUUUUGUUGUGGGGUUGAUGACGCAACUCUUCAUUUAUGCGCUUGGAGAAGAAGCUGAAUUGCUAAGAAAGAUCCAGUUCAAGACAACCUUGAUGUGUUUGGAGGUGUUGGACAUUCAGGGAACUGAAUACUUGGUCACGGGCCAUAGUAACGGAACCGUUGAGUUCUUGAAGUUUAACAAGGCAUUAGAAGAGGAGAACCCCGAGCCAGAGUUCGUUUUGAGGGGCCAUUCCAACCGUGUCAAGGGUUUGGCCUAUUUCUGCAACGCAGAGACUUCCGGCAUUCCAUACUUGGUUUCUGUUUCAAGUGACGGUAAGAUUGUUGUGUGGGAUGUAAGUGAGUCUGUACGUGACCAGGUGGCCGUGUAUGACAGUGGAGAGAGAUUAAACUGUAUUGCCGUGUGUGCCGAGACGGUGGAGAAGGCAGACACCAUGAAGAGAAGAUACAAUGAGCUUGAGGGUAAUGAGCCCAGUGAAUCCGAAUACGAGACUGACGGAGAAGAGGUAAGAAAACUCAUGUUGGACACUGGUAAGAAAAAGAAGGGAAAGAAGGCCAAGAAGGCCAAGAGCAAGGUGACUGUCACCUUGGAGUAA